GCCGACGGAGCCAUGAGAGAGUACAAAGUGGUGGUGCUGGGCUCGGGAGGCGUGGGCAAGUCCGCGCUCACGGUGCAGUUCGUGACAGGUUCCUUCAUCGAGAAGUACGACCCAACCAUCGAGGACUUCUACCGCAAGGAGAUUGAAGUGGAUUCGUCGCCGUCGGUGCUGGAGAUCCUGGACACCGCGGGCACCGAGCAGUUCGCAUCCAUGCGGGACCUGUACAUCAAGAAUGGCCAGGGUUUCAUCUUAGUCUACAGCUUGGUCAACCAGCAGAGCUUCCAGGACAUCAAGCCCAUGCGGGACCAGAUCAUCCGCGUGAAGCGGUACGAGCGCGUACCUAUGAUCCUGGUGGGCAACAAGGUGGACCUGGAGGGCGAGCGCGAGGUCUCAUACGGAGAGGGCAAGGCCCUGGCCGAGGAGUGGAGCUGCCCCUUCAUGGAGACAUCCGCCAAAAACAAAGCCUCAGUGGAUGAGCUGUUCGCAGAGAUCGUUCGGCAGAUGAACUACGCGGCGCAGCCCAACGGCGACGAGGGCUGCUGCUCGGCCUGCGUGAUCCUGUGAGGCGCCGGCUGCUGCCGGGCGCUGGCCAUGCUCUGUGCACAAAGCCAAACACACCCGAUUCUCUUAAUGUGAUUGUCUUCUUGUUUGAGAUUGGAGACGACUUUGUGUUGGCCGGGAUGUCCGAGGAAUCUGGCUGACUUGCGUGGCCAGCAUCCCCAGCCUUCAGCCGGGGUCCGAGGGGGUGUCGGUUCCUGACCAUCCAAGACCCUGAUGGAAAUGUGGCUCUUUACCGCGUGUACGUUCCUCAUUGAUUUCGGUUCAUGCAUAAUUUUCCCGUUUAAGUGGCCAUUAAAGCGCAGUAUUGGCUGCUUGACACCGGCAAGCAAAAGUUUCAAGCCUGAAAAAAAAAUGGGGGUGGGGAGGUGGAGGAAGUGGGGGAGGGUUCGCCCAAACAACUGUUCAUAUUCCAAGUUCUAAAUACAAGGAAGGAGGUCUGAGAAAACCAUAUGAAGGAGCCAGAGAAGGGGAAGAAACUUGUUUUUUGUUUUAUUUUUUUCCCCUUGUUUUUCCAGGAUUAUUUGGAAAUUAAGACCAGGGGUUCCUUUUCUGCCAGCUUGGAAGGGCAACCCAGGGACUGAUUAGGAUUCUGAGGAUGUCUAUGCAAAGUUGGGUUCUUGUUACAGUGUAUCCAAUCUGAAGUAUUGCACAUGUGAACUGGGACUGUUAACACUGAUGCCAAUACAGUGUGGGGUGCCAGGAAGUGUCUGCUGAUAUUUGUGGGAAAAAAAAAUCUAUUUUGAUUACCUACUGUAUCAAAGGGGAGUCUGGGGAAGAAUGGUAGUAUUUUUUUUUAAUCAGCUGUGAAAAAAUGUUAAAAGAUCUGCACAUUUUUUUUGUGUGUGCUAUUGUGUGCGUGUGCGUAUGCUAUUGUGUGUGUGUGUGCUAUUGUGUGUGUGUAAGUAUAGCAUUUUUUUUUUUUUUUUGUGGUUGGCAGCGACAGAUUUUGCUGACUAGCUUUUAAAAAUACAAUACAAAGACUUUGUAAAUGUGAUUCAGGGCCCCCAGCACCCCUGUGUCUGCAGAGUGCCUUCAAACUCAGCUGUUCCAGCCGGUGCCAACCUGUGAAUUCCCACCAUAUCCCAGAAUCUGCUGUUCUGCUGCCCCCCAAACCACUUUAAAUAUCUUCCUGAAAGAGCCAGGACAAAUGGGGCCUGUUAGUCCAUUGAGUUGCUUCAUUAAUUUUAGCUUUUUAAAUGUUAAGCCCGUGUCUGGAAAUUUUCUCCCCUUCAUUUUGUGCAAAUUUCAGGUUUUAGCUCCCCUUUCUGUUGUUAUCAGAGUGUCUGCGUUAUUUGUUGCAGGGUGUCCUCCAGAAGCAAAGAGCAGAAUUUUAUUGUUGUGAUGUACCAAGAGAAUUCUAACAAAUUGUAACUUUUAAUUCCACUCAUUUAGUCGUUGUCUCUUCAUUUUAAGACUUUUAAUACAAAUGUCAUUUUUAAAGAAACCCCAAACUAUUUGUGUUUUUGUGUUUCAUAUUCAUUGAUUUACAAUAUCUGUGAUAAUGCUGUCAGGUGGUGGUGGACAGGGCCAGAUACAUGAUGCCUUCCGGAGUUAUUUGUCAAAUUUUGAAGAUAGAAUUAUUUCAGUGACAAAUUGGGUGACAGUAUUUCCAAUUUUUUUUUUUUUAAUGGAGAAAAUUACCUAGGCCUAAGAAUCACAGGGUAUGACCAUACCAUGUGACUCCCCAGAAGAGGAAGUGUAUUGAUUCUAUGCUGAGGAAGUGCAGUGAACUUUGUUCACUGUUGUAACAAAGGGAAGAAGCCCACUGCUAAACCCUCCUGGGUCUGGGAGAGUAGCAUCCAUCUGGGAGAAUAGGGGGGUACCUUCUAGUUGUCAUGGUUCUGUUUUGUCUGUUUGUGUCACACCUCAAGUCAGAAGUGUUCUUAACUUUGUUCUCACACACAGUGUACUCAGCAAUGUAUGGAGUGCGUUACCCGAGCUAUUAUUUCAACCCUUCCAAAGUUUUUAUUUGGAACCACCUCAUUAUAUUGAAAACAAACAAACAAAAAAUAAACCAUGUAAAGAGAAUUCCCUUGCUCUCAUUAGUUUGUGGAUCAUAUUGGACCACAAUAAUUGUUUCUUUCAAAAGAAAAAAAAAUAGGAGUCAAAGUGUGUUGUUACUUUUUAUGUCUAUUUUUCUCUGUAAGAGAUUAUAGCAUUCAUAGGUUCGUGAGGCAGAGCUGAAGUCUGAGGAGUCUUAAGCCAGGAAUUUACUCCUUGACAAAGCCAAAAGAGAUCACAGGUUUCUUUAAAGUGAUAUCAAUAUAUCUUGCCUUAAUUUUUUUUUUCGUCUCCAUUCAGGUUGCAUUUCACUAUUCCAUUGGGGAGGGAGAAGAGUUUUGCCUGUCUUGGCCUUUGUCCAUUUCCCAACUCUGAUCUGAUUUCUCCAUUAGUAUCAAACACAAUGUUUCAAAGUAUAAAAAUUGAAACUGCUCAAGAUAAUGUUUUUACAAGAAUUUAUUCUUAUAUUUGAAUAAAUGUGGUUGCUUAAAUAGAUUAAAGUUGAUGCACAUUUUGAA